AUGUGCGGAAUCAGCGCCGUCCUUUCACUGGCAGGGUACCCCGCGCAAUCGAACGGGGAACGCUUGUCAUCUCUCGAGCAGCUCAGAAAGAGCCUAGAUCUUGUUCAACACCGUGGACCAGAUGCGCGUGGUGAAUGGACCAGUAAUGAUGGCAACGUUUAUCUGGGCCACGUUCGACUCUCCAUUGUUGAUCUUAGCCCGCAGGCAAAUCAGCCCUUUCAUGAUUGUGCGAAUGAUGUCCACGCGGUCGUGAAUGGCGAGCUGUACAAUGACGAAUACUACCGAGAGCUCCUGGGCGGUGAAUACGACUUCCACAGUCGAAGCGACUGCGAGAUCGUCCUGGCUCUCUAUAAGCACUACGGGUUGUCGUUUGUGUCCCACCUUCGGGGCGAAUUUGCUUUGAUCUUGUGGGAUUCCCGCAGGAAGGUGUUCAUUGGCGCGAGGGACCGGUAUGGUGUCAAGUCGCUCUACUACACCGUUGUGAACAACCGACUUCUCGUGGCAACUGAAAUGAAAUGCUUCCUUCCGUUUGGAUGGAUGCCAGAGUGGGAUGUUCAGGGUCUCAGAGAGUGCGGCUGGAUGUUUGGUGCUGGGACAAUGUUCAAGGGAGUCCAAUCAGUUGCCCCGGGGCAUUAUAUUAUAAGCAGAAGUUUCAAGCCUAUUCAGGAUGUAGCUUACUGGGAUGCUGAGUAUCCAGACAAGAGAACAGCUGAGCUUCGAUCAGAAGCCGAGAUGGUAGAGGGCGUGCGGAAUCGCCUCAUGGAAGCUAUUAAAGUUCGCCUUCGGGCCGAUGUACCUUUAGGGAUCUAUCUGAGUGGUGGAAUUGACUCCUCCGCAGUGGCCGGCAUGGUAGCUCAUCUUGUUAAGGAAGAGGGAGCUCGACUUGGCAAUGAUGAGAGCCAUCUUCUUUCACGAAUCAAAUGCUUUACGGUGCAAUUCGACAAGGAUAGUGGAGCUGACGAGUCCGAUAUUGCACAGCGUACCGCCGAAUGGCUCGGGGUUGACUUUCACCCGGUAUCUGUCAACGAGGAAACUUUUGCUUCCAUGUUUGCGGAUACUGUUUGGCACAGUGAAACGCCCAUGCCGGACACAAAUGGCAUGGGAAGGCUCGCCAUGGCUGAGGUCGCCAAGUCACAUGGAGAGGGAUCCGAUGAGCAUUUUGGAGGAUACAAAGACUUGUCGAGCGAUUUCCUGCUUGAAAGUGAUCCCUCAUGGCCCUCCUCACCAUCCGAGAAAGAAAUCGCAGAACUAGCAAAAAAUCUCAAAAGAUUCUAUGCGACUAUGGCCAUGGACAUACCCUUCACUAUAAAUAGGGCGCCCGAGUCGACCCGCCGAAUGCUUAACAAUACCUCAAUUUUAACCUUCCUCGCAUCGGUUGGCCGCAUGCCCUUCGCCAAAUGGACAGACAUAUAUACGGUCACGGCCCCCGAGACUGCGCAGGCAGAAACGCUGGAUGGACGGGUUCGAGAUGCCAUUGCAAACCGGUGGCAUCCACUUCACACAGCGGAGUAUCUCUUUACGAAGGGCUUUUUUAGCAACUUAUUGCUUCGGUAUCUUGGUGAUAAUAUCGACAUGGUCCAUCACGUUGAGACUAGACCUCCGUUCCUAGAUCAUCAUCUGACAGAAUAUGCCAAUGGCCUUCCACCCAGUCUGAAAAUCAAAGUGUCUUCGUCAGAUGGGUCUCUGACGGAGAAGUACAUCUUGCGAGAGGCAGUUCAUCCCUUCGUCACCGAGGAGAUCUAUACACGACAGAAGAAACCAUAUAUUGGACCGACGAGGUUUCAGGAAAAUGGGCCACUUCAUCAAUUGUUCCUCCGUCUGACUUCUCGGGAGAAUGUGGAUGCUCUUGGGUUUGUGGACUGGGAAGAGACACAAGAAAAUGUGCGGAAGGCAUUUGUAGAUAAGGACUCGUGGUCUUUGCGAGCUGCUUUCUCUGUUUGCCAAUUCGUGGUGCUCUCGCAAAGAUUUGGGGUUGCUAGAGCCACGGCUUGA